AUGUCGAAUUUCAAAGUAUGGUUCAUCACGGGGACCUCUUCUGGCUUCGGGAAAGCCUUGACGCUUGAAGUCCUUAGUCGUGGGGAUAAGGUCAUUGCCUCUUCGCGGAAUGCCGACAAGCUCGAGGAUCUCAAAAAGGCCGGCGCUGACACGAUGAGCCUCGAUGUCACCAUGCCCCUUGACAAGCUAAAAGCACUCGCCGAGGAGGCUCACGGUAUCUAUGGACGGAUUGACUUCCUCAUCAACAAUGCCGGAUACUGCCAGGUAGGAGGCUUGGAAGAGCUUACUCCGGAAGAAACUCAGUCCCAGUUUGCUACAAAUGUCUUUGGGCCUCUCAAUGUAACCAGAUCGAUUCUACCAUAUAUGCGCGCCAAACGCUCAGGGGUUAUCGCCAAUUUCUCCAGUAUCGGCGCAUGGCGUGGUACACCGGCCGUGGGCAUCUACGAGGCUUCGAAAUGGGCCGUCAGCGGCAUAACGGAGACGUUACAUCUCGAGCUGGCUGAGUUCAACAUCAAAGUAUGCAGUAUCGAACCGGGUUACUUCCGAUCCAACUUCUUGAGCAGCGGCCACAAGAUCCUCCACGUCAACCAUAUCUCAGACUACGACAGCACGGUGGUGCGGAAGACCGAGGAAAGGGUCGAGCGCACAAACCAGAAUCAGCCAGGUGAUCCCCUGAAGGGUGCCAAGGUGAUUGUUGAUGUCCUCACCGGUGCUACCGGCAAGGAGAUCCCCAUGAGGCUCGCGCUGGGGGCGGACGCCUACAGAAUCAUCAGGGGGAAGUGCGAGGAGACGAUCAAAGGCCUUGACGAGUGGAGGGAAAUCACCUCCUCGACGGAUAUCGAUGCCAAGUAG